AUGGCGGCGAGCGGCCUCGGCGGGAGGCGCACCUCGGCGGGCCGGUUUUUCACGUUUUUCACGUUAAAUGCUGUAUCAUGUUCAUAUUCUUCGCCGUUGUUUAUAUCACUCCGGCGCUGGUGCCGCCUCGUCUCCGACCGUCGCUUCCGCCGCAGGUUCCGCGAGUCCCACCGGCUCCCCCGAUGUUGGGGGUUUGUCUGCAACCUCACGGAUGACGACGGCGGCAACGAGGUCGCCCGCUUCGUCCCCACCUCCUCCUUCCGCCCGCCCGUCGCCGACCACCGCGGCUGGCUCGCGCUCGACGCCCGCCACGGCCGCGUCCUCCUCUGCAGGGAGCCCGGAUCGGACCUCGUCGUCUGGGACCCCAUGACGGACGAGCGGCGGGAGCUGCCCGCGCUGCCGCUGGACGACCCCUGGCCCUACAUCUGGAAGGCGGCGGUGCUCUGCGCGGCCCACGGCGCCUGCGACCACCUGGACUGCCACCACGGCCCCUUCCUCGUGGUCUUCAUCGAUGUAAUCGCCGAGCAGAUAAUUGUGUACGUCUACUCAUCGGAGGCUGGCGCCUGGAGCGAACCGACCAAUGGUCCCGACUUCCUGGAGUAUUUUCCCAAUAGGGCGCGCACUGCCCUUGUAGGGAAUGCACUCUAUUUUGUGCUCGAAGAGACCAGUGGCAUUCUCAAGUAUGAUUUGGCCGCAGGAGAUUCGUCUUUUAUUGAGAUAUCUGGAGGCUAUGCAAACUUUGCAGUGCUCAUGACGAUGGAGGAUGGUGAAUUGGAAUUUGCAAGAGUGGAGUCCAGUCUCUUCGUCUGGGAGAUGGAGGAGGUUGAUCCAGAGGGAGAUGAUGGAUGGCUCAGAGUCAUUGAGCUCGAGAUGAUGCUCCCUGAUGAUGCCCUUCCAAUGUUAUCUUAUUUUCUUGGCCUUGUACAUGGCAUUGGACUCUUCUACGUGGGGACCGAUGAUGGUUUAUUCACUAUGGAUCCAAAGUCCAACCAGGUGAGGAAGGUAUGCAGUGAUAGUAAAAUCUGCAGUGCUGUUCCCUACAUGAGCUUCUACACUCCAGAUUUUUCUCAGUAUGGUUUAGUUCCUGUCUGAACCCAAAUUGCAAAUAAGGUGGCCCUGGAUGAUGAGUGAGGAGGCUGCCAGUUUCUGCAGUUGAAAUCUCCCGGCGAAUCCCUUUGCCUGAUGUCUUGAUGAAUCGGUAGUUGAGAAAACCAAUGCAAAGACGUCUUUACUGCCUGAAUCUCCUUGAGGUUCAACCUGUAGCCUGAAUUGCUAAAAUGUGUAAGAUGUAUCCUGGUAGUGAUGUUUAUGAUGCUAGCACCCAAUGCCUCCACAAAAUCAUAGAUGGUAUAACUGGGGCGUCUGACUCUUUAGGAUCUAUGAUUUUGCUGCUGGCACUGUUCUACUGGCCUUCUUGCUUUCAGCCUUUCUGUGUAUGGAUAGUUGGUGGUCUGUCGAAGGCUCGAAACUCUAAAGUUAGUAGAUUGUUAGCUGGUGUGAAGCUUUGUAGCUUCAGCUUGCAAUGAUAUCUGGGAAUGGAUAUAAUUUGUGAUGUAUGAAUGUUCCGCUGUUCCGGAAACUGCAGCAUAUAAAACUUAAAUGCU